CAGCACAUUCAAAGAAGAAGAAGAAGAAGAAGAAGAAGAGGAAAGUGUGCGAUCAUAAUCAGUGUGUGUUAGGAUCGUAAUAAGUGUUAGUUAGGAUCGUAAUGAGUGUGUGUUAGGAUCGUAAUAAGUGUUAGUUAGGAUCGUAAUCAGUGUGUGUUAGGAUCGUAAUAAGUGUUAGUUAGGAUCGUAAUGAGUGUGUGUUAGGAUCGUAAUAAGUGUUAGUUAGGAUCGUAAUCAGUGUGUUUUAGGAUCGUAAUAAGUGUGCAUGCGUAUCAACUGAGGGCGAGUGGUGAUUGGUCAGCUGCUGUAAAGCCCAUUAUGACAUCAUCAGCUGGCAGUUUGACACUUUGUGUUUAUUUCUACUAUUUAAAUUCAUCGUUUUGUUUACUUUUUAAAAUAUAUUCAAGCAUUUUGACAGUUACCAUCGUUUACAUUACUAAUGUAAGCGGACACUUUGUGCGUGCGUGUGUGUGUGUGUGUUCUGCCCCUCCUUUUCCCGUUCAGUGUGUAUGUAUGGGGGUGUGUGCGCAUGAUCUCCAUCCCCCUUUUUUUCCCUCUACCUGACACACACACACAAACACACACACACACACACACACACACACACACACACACUGAGCUCUCAGAUUGCUGCACUCAGUGUCUGUAAAGUCACUAUGCCGGAGACAUACUCAGUCACUCACACUCACACAGAGCAAAGACGUACUUCUUCCUUCUUUCCCUUCUUCUAACUUAAAAAACAAUGUGACGGAUUUAACCUCGGAUCUGUUUUCAUUUUUAAACAAACAAAAAGAAAACUUUGUGGAUUUUUCCUUACCUGGAAGAAUUUAGACACUUUUGAAAAAUUUAUUAUAUAUAUAUAUAUAUAUAUAUUGGCUUUGUUGCUGAUUAUUUUAGUCCUUUCAUUUUCUCUCAGGACAUCAGGUUCUCAAAGCUUCUUACUUUUUAAGGACAUUAAACAGAUAUUUGGGGGUUUUUUUAUUACUAUCAUCUCUUUUUUCUGGACGACGGUCAUGCAAGUGAUUUUUAAAUCUUUUUUACUUUUUAUCACCAUCACGCUGAAAACGUCUGAUGAACAUGUUCAUGAUUUUUGUAAAGUGGAGCUGAGCGUGAAGACUCUGAGAAACUGACCUCGAUGCACACUGAAGGAAGUGAACUGCAGUGACUCGAGCUCUGAUUGACUCACGCUUUGUGUUACCAAAAUGAACAAUAAGAGACUUUGUACAGACGAGGUUUUUUUUUUCUCUUUGUUAUCAUCACGCCGGAUCGUGUAAAGUAUCCAGUGAACAAGUUUAAGGUUCGUCAGUGAACUUAGAAUCACCUGCUGCGCCUAACGUUCACGUUUUGGAUUAAUUUAUUAUUCUUCUUUCCCCGGAGGUGAUUCAAGGUCUCACUUCAUAAACAAAUUCCAACACAUUUUCAUCUGGUGGAAAGGAUUCUUCAAUCAUUUGACUUGAUCACGACUUUCAUUGUUUAUGUUCAUUAUUAUUAUCACCAUGUUGGAUCGUGUCAUGCCUCUGAUGAACACGUUUACGGUUUGUUCCGUUAAUCGUCAGUGAUAACUCGUUCAGCUAUAAAUGGCUCCAGUUUAACAACAACAACAAAAAUAAUAAUAUUUUAAUAACCCUAACCCUAACCCUAACUGACUCAGAUUUAUUGUCCGAUUUUAAACCUUUGCAGGCUUAUGAGAAGGACAGUUUGCUUUUUCUGUGAUCAUGUGAUCAGUGUCCAAUCUUUUAAGCACGCUUGUUUUGAAAUACUUUCUGAAAGAAAGAAAAACAAUCUAACGUUGGCAAAGUGAUACCGAACAUUUUCUCCGUCAUGUCAAAGUCUUCGGACCACGUGAAACGCCCGAUGAACGCCUUCAUGGUCUGGUCUCGAGCCCAGCGCCGGCAGAUGGCACAAGAGAACCCGAAGAUGCACAACUCUGAGAUCAGUAAGCGUCUCGGCGCCGAGUGGAAGCUGCUAACCGACUCCGAGAAGCGUCCAUUCAUCGACGAGGCCAAGCGACUGCGCGCGCUGCACAUGAAGGAGCACCCCGACUACAAAUACCGGCCAAGACGGAAACCGAAGACUCUCGCCAAGAAGGAGAAGUUUGCGCUGGCUCUGCCGUACGGCAUGCACGCGGAAGCGGAAACGCUAAAACCUUCCGCCGACUCCUUAUUGCGCACCUCGGACAGAGCAAGGAUCCUGUUCGCACCGUCACUCUGCGCCAACCCAUACUCCUUUUUGGAUUUUGGAUCCAAGAUGGCUGACUUCUCUCCACCUCCACCUCCUCCACCUCCUCUCCCUCCAGCAAUGCCGUCGUUCCCGUACCCAUCGCCGCUGGGUUUCCCGCCUUUUUCAGGAGUCCACGCGCACACGAGCGCACACAAUCCGGCCUUUCUGAUGCCGUGCAGCUGCAGCGCGUGGCCUUCGUCGUCGACGACAUCGUCAUCAUCAUCUACGUCGUCUUCGUCAUCGUUUUCAACACCGUUGGCGUACAUCCUGCUGCCUGGCGUCGGCAAAGCACCGAUCGAGCCGUAUCACGCCUACGCCACUGCGUUAUGAGACGAACAGCAGAAUCGUGAAGUCACGAUGGAGAAUGUGAGGAGUAAAUGUGUGUGUGUCUGUGUAGAGCACUAUAAAACAAACAAACAAACAAACAAUCAAAAAAGGACAUUUACUUUUGACUAAUGGAUGAUACACACCUUCAAGAAAUGUGU